AUGGAAAACGAAAUAGAAAAUGUGGAACAACAACUAAAUCUAUUGAAUAAAACAAUGCCGAGAAAACGAUCUAAAUCAAAAGAUCAACGAUCACAAACUGUUUCUCACGUAGUAACUCAACAUUUACGGGCUAUUUUAUUAUUAUUCGCAGUUGUCGCUACAGGAAUUAUUGCAAUCAUUUAUAUUCCUCAACUUAUGAAUAAGAAUGAUGAAAAUAUUGUUCUGAAACAAGGAAAAUUCUUUGGUAGAAAUCCUUAUCAACGAGGAGGUUCAAAUGAUGAUUAUGGUUUAAAUCGCAAUCGAAACAAAAAAAUGCAAUCAUUUCUUCGACGCCAUGGUCCAUCUGAAGCAAUUGGUCGAGUUAUUCUUUUCUUCAAUCAACCAACAGACAAUGGAAAUCGAAGAACUCUACGACGAGUACAUAUCCCUGCCAUUCGAUAUGAUCGACGACGAUUUUCUUUGGGAGAAAACUUUACAAAAUAUAUGCUGUCAACUCCAAUAUUUGCCCAUCGAUUUACUAAAGAAAUCAUUAUUUAUUCAUUAAGAUCAGUUUACAUUUUACCUUCAUUGAUUGAUGCUGAUGACAAACAAUAUUCAAUUGCUUCACUUGUUGCAUCUGGUCACAUUAGUUUAGUUGAUCCAAGAAUAAGAUCAACUAGUUCAUCGGAUAUGACAAAUUAUUUUCGAUCAACACCAAUAACCGGACCGGGUAUUCCUGAUAUAGAUAUGGAAAUGGGAGGAUUUUCUGAUGGUAUGCAUACGAACAUCGGCUCCUUCGGUACCGAUGAUGAAGACGAAUAUGAAAACGAGUAUCGAAAACCAUCGCGUGGAAAAAAUAAAUAUGAUCCAACACGAACUCGUCAGACACAAUCACCAAAAACUUCGAAAACAUCAACAACUUCAACGACAACGAUGAAAAGUACCACGACUUCAACAAAACGUACAAGAAAAUCAAUUCCACCUCGUAAACCUGUUAAUGUAAAUAUGACAUUAAUUCUGGAUUAUAUUUAUCCAUAUCCACAAUCGAAAAAAACCGUUAUAUCUGUGAAUUAUUCCUGUCCAGGUCCUUUAAUUGAAGCUUAUGAAAAUGAUACUUUGAUCAUUCGAGUAAUCAAUCGAUUAGAUGUUCCAUCAGGUAUCCAUUGGCAUGGAAUUUUACAAUUUUGUACUCCAGAUAUGGUCGGUGCUAUUGGUGUUACACAAUGUGCAAUAUCUCCAAAUCAUGAAAUGAUUUAUGAAUUUAAAGCAGAACCAGCAGGAACAUUAUGGUAUCAUGGACAUCUUCUUGAACAAUAUGCAGAUGGUUUAAUUGGUCCAUUAAUUAUUCGUCGUCAUGAUGAAUAUUAUAAUGAAUUAUAUGAUAGUGAACAAACACUUUUAAUUUCUGAUUGGUAUAAUCUUCGUGCACAUCAUGAUUUGAUGUCUUGGCAUUCAAAUGUUUUAAAUCCAUUUGGUCUUCCUCCUCUUCCAAAUGCAAUUGUUGUCAAUGGGAAAUUUACUCAAUCAUUGUUCAUUCCACUUUCUGGUUCUAAACAUAUUCGAUUUCGAAUGUAA